UAAGUUUCUUAAACUUUUAUCAAACAUGUUCCUACUGCAGUUCGAAACAGUGGUAUAGUAUUUUAUACCAGGCGGGGAGUGUGACGUAAUAUUAUCAGGUAAUGAGAAGGGACCUUUUAUUUUGAAGGCGAGUUGCUCCCUCUAGUUUCCGGUAGUCUCCACUCGACAGUCAGACGCUCACUGGUUUACACAGGAGACAGAUUUACGUGUUUCAGCGCUCCAAGUUUGUUGUUUCUUCCCACAAAGUGCCUUGGAAACAUUGUCUGCGACAUCAGCGGAGCUUCCAGCUGCGUGACUUCCCUCAGAGACACUGGGUCAACACACCCGUGGCCACACCCCCUUUCGACUUUCAGGAGUUCACACAGGAGAGUGAAGGCAGUGGAACCUGACAAAAAUCAUUUGUUACUCCAGUUAAUCACUUUUGAAACUCGUAACACACUAAAUUGGAAAAAUGUGCAAAUUUCAAAAGGUGAGAAUGUUGAUGGAGGAGCGACUAAAUGUUACUGUUAAAGAAAUAUUUGGAGUGUUGGAAAGAACCAUAGCAGAGUACGAGGAGGAACUUUCUAGGACAAAGGAGGAGAACAAACGUCUACAACAACUACUGGAUGCUGUUUUUAAACCUCAAGCAGACGUCCAGCGGGUGUCAGCGAAGAGUCAUGAAGAGAUUCCCUCCUGGCAGCAGGAGUGGCACACCAGUGUGGGACAGAAUGAGCUACAGGUCCCCUCCCACAUUAAAGAGGAGCAGCCCUGGGAGCAGCUUCGUGAUGGAGAUGAAGCUCAGUCCUUACAGUUUCAUCACAGUCAAAGUGAGGAGAAGAGAGGGGCGGAGCUUUUAAGUCAACACAUCACGGAAGCUGAUGGAGAGAAGUGUGAAGAUAUACACUCAGAACCAGACCGCAUCUUUGCUCCACUGUCAGACAUGGGCGACAUGAUGUCAGACUCUUCUGAUCACAGUGACGACUUCCAAAAACCUUUGGAGAGUAAAAAUUACUCUAAAUGUGAUACAAGACAUCACACUAACAAGAACCCCUUUGACUGCUCUGAAUGUGGAAAAUCAUGUAGACAGAAGAUUGAUUUCACAAGACACAUGAGAAUACAUACUGGAGAGAAACCUUUUACUUGCUCUGUUUGUAAUAAGAGUUUCUCCAGAAAGCAUCACAUGUCCACACACAUGAGAAUACAUACUAGGGAGAAACCUUUUGCUUGCUCAACUUGUGCUAAAAGAUUCAACACUAAGAAUCACAUGAUAUUACACAUGAGAACACAUACUGGGGAGAAACCUUUUACUUGCUCCGUUUGUAAGAAGAGUUUCUCCACAAAGCGUGACAUGACCACACACAUGAGAACACACACUGGAGAGAAACCUUUUACUUGCUUCGUAUGUAAAAAGGGUUUCUCCGCAAAGCGUGACAUGACCACACACAUGAGAACACACACUGGAGAGAAACCAUUUACUUGCUCUGUUUGUAAUAAGAGUUUCUCCAGAAAGCAUCACAUGACCACACACAUGAGAACACACACUGGAGAGAAACCGUUUAGUUGCACUGUGUGUAAUUUAAUGUUCAGGUUUAAGCAGCAGGUCAGUAAACACAAGUGUGUAACAGUCUUUGAAGCUGCAGGGAUUUAAAACCACUUUAACAGUGAUUGUGCUAAAUGUACUUUAAAUACACAGCAUGUUUAAUAUGAAUGUAUAUUUUGUGUUGUAUGUAGUGCUUAUCAUUUUUUAGUAUUAAAUGUUGUCCUGUAAUUA